UUUAUUUCGAACAUUUGAACUUCAAAAAACCGAUAACUCAUCGAUUUUUCAACACAAUCGGCGUCAAAAUGAAAGUUCUUGUAGUUUUCCUUAUCGCUCUAACAAUUCAAAUUUCAAGUCAUCCCGCCAAUUUCACAUUUGUACCGGAUGUAUUGCUCUCUCCACCAGCACCGUACUUCCCAUCAAAAUACAUCGACCGUAUCUCGACAGUUGCUCAACUUCCAAAAGGAAUUCAAUUUCAAGCUGGAUUAAUGAAUGAGACUAUUGCAAUUGAUGGAAUUUUGAAUAGCUAUAGAAAUUCUGAUAUUUCCAAUUUCAAAUCUGAAAAUAUUCUCAAAUUGAUUGAUGAUCUGAAGGCUACAUCAAUGGGAUCUGAGCAAGAAGUAUUGAAAGUGGAGAGCCAACUAAUCAAGUAUAAUACGUUCAUUGAUGAAUUGAAAUUUGAUGGAAAUACUUUGGAACUACAUGGAAAAUAUAAGUUUUUUGACACUCUUCGUGACUUAGCUAUAGAUGUCAAGGAUUCCACUGACAAUGGGCAUCGUUUCAUAGUCGACAUGCUUGAAUACAUCGGCGAAAUGCUGCAGUGGCUUGAAGAGGGCUUGAAUGUGCCGUUCAAUAUUACCGAGCGUACAAUGAGUCCUCAAUUUUUGUUGGAAAAAUUAGGUAGUAUAAUGCUCAAAGUCUCGAGCGUACGACAUGUUGAAUACCUUGAAGGAAUGAACAAAUCAAUAGAAUCGACGUUUAAGCCACUACGAGAAAUGUUCAAGUUGAUGAAUGAUCGAAAUGAGAUUCAUAUGUUAGAAACAGAUGAGAAAGGAGAUAUUUUGAGCAGUAGCAUCUUACAAAUGGUCAAGCUUUCGAAGAAGAGAAACGAUUCUGAGGAAGACGUCCAAAGAGUGACAAAGCUCAAAAAUGAUGCACAAAGAGAAUUUCCACGAGUCGAUUCUAAACGGCUCGGAGAUCCUUGGCUGGGAAGAAUUCUGAGAGCUAACAGAACAUUGUUGAACCAACUGGCAGAUAGCUUUAAGCCUCUACAAAUUGCCCAUAAAAUGCUUGAAAAGUUUGAUGAGGAGUUGGCAGCUAUCUCUGGAAACUCUCUGAUUUCUGAUGGGUUUGAACACUUGAAGAAUCUACUUUCAUCAGUUCCACUUGACAUUGAAAACUCUGCAGAUGUACUGAAGAAGCUUGAAGCAUGCUAUCGUUUGCAUCCGGCUGUGUCUCCCGAUAAAGUUUAUGUCGAAUUUUUGCGUAACGUUACCUUGUUUUCGAAUUACCUGGAUAAUGUUAUCGAUCGUUUCACAUUUGAGAAAAAGUUUAACAAAUUCCUGGACUCUAACUCUCUCCAACUAUUAAAAAACAAUCAAAGUUUUGUUAAUGAAACACUGAAACGUUUUCUAGAAACUAAAAGUGUCCCGAAAUUCCUGAUCACAGUAAAUGAACUCAGAGACCGCAUCAAAGCAAUCGACUAUAAAGAGAUUUUCAUUUUUCAAAAUUUGAGUAAAGCUAUUGAAGAAAAACUGAAAAGCCAAGAAUUCAAGGACAAGAUAUCUUCCGAAUUGGAAGUUCACAAUUGCUUGAAAAAGUUGAAAAACAACUCGGAAGCUGUUAUCCGUAUGGUUCCAUUGAUUCAAGCGUUUAUGAGAGCAGAUUUGCAAAAUGUUCAACAGAUUGCUCCAUUGGUAUCCAAAUUUUCACACGAACUCUCUACAGUGAAAACAAUUCCAGAGAAAAUGAGAGAAGUUGCGAGUCCGGUGACAUUGAGAAUGAAUGAGAUGUCGCAGAUGUUGAAUCAAACCGAUGAAAUUGGCAUAUCUCAGAGUGUAGUUCAAAGUGUCUAUAGUCUAGUGGACUUGGAGCCACUGAUUAGUCAGGUCAAGGGACAUGAAGAUAUUUCUUCCUUAGAGACAGCAAUAAGUCAAGCAAAAGCUUAUAUUUCAAGAAUUGAUGUGUGGAGAGCUAAAUCAUUGAAAGGAUACACUAAUCCGCUCAAGAACUUGACAGCCGAAAUUCCGGACAUUGAUAUUAUCCCAAUUGAAAAGGCCCUCAGAGCCAUGGAUCCGGCGAGCCCUUUUCUUGAGAAGAUUGCAGCGUUGGAUUUUAUUUUAUCAAAGCACAAUACAAUUUUGCAAUGGGCCCCAUUCAAAUUUGGAGUUCUUCAGGAAUUUCUAGAGAUCGUUCUUCUUCUGAAACGAGAUGCAUUUGAAUAGAACUAUUGAUUUUUUUUUUGCCAAAAAUCAAUAAAUUUUUUAUCUCGUU